UGUAGUGCCUCCUGCCGAGCUGUGCACAUGGCCCAAUCUUUGGAUGUUGUCUCACGUCGCCAGCAGUUCUGCUCAGCUGAUGAACCCCUUCAGCUGCUGUCCCCUUACUUGAGACAUCGCUACGGGCAGCUGGAGCGUUCUCAGAGCCCGCCGGCAGCGCUGGUAGGCCGAAUGACGGAUUUGGUGAACCAGGAGUUUCGCAUUCUCGAUACGUGCAUGAAAUUCACCGAAGCUUGUGGAGAGAUUGUGGCGGAAUGCGAGAGGGCGGAGCAAGUUCCAGAUGCAUUGCUCUCGGACAUGUUGGAAGAAGUGAUGGACUACUGCCAGACCCUACAGCUAUUCAGUCAGCAGCGCAAGGACACUGUGACGGCCAUCGUCGAGAUGGAAAAGCAAAAUUUGGAGGAAUUCCGCCGGCUCCAUCAGUCGAUUGAAAAUGGAAAGAACUUUCUGACCGCUCUUACUGCGGUUGGAACCACUACAGUGGGAGCAGCAGUUGCCAUAACUGCCGCAGGUCCAGUGUCGUUGGUGGCAGCAGCCUUGCUGGGUUUGGCAGCAGGAAUCAAGAACCAAGAGCACCGAGAUGCAGCACACAGAGUCCAGCAAUCAUUGGUGGAGAACAUGCAAGCAAAAAAUGUGCCCGUUCAGUGCAUGGAGACCUUCGCCAAGAACUUGGACGAUGCCGUUGGAGUUAUUGCCAAGGAUGGUUCUAAGAUUUCGGGGCGCUCUGCUCGCAUCAAGCGCCGCAUGGACAUGAUUUCGGAAGAGAUCCACGGUGUGCAGAUGGCUGCUUCUCAGAACUUCCUGAGUUUGGCCAGUGAUCCUAAGCUCGCGGCGGCCUUCGGCAUAAAUGAACAAAGGAGGCUUUUGAUUGCGGAGCAAUCGCUGACUCGUGCAGCUGUGUCCUUGAAAGGAUGCAUGGGCAGUGUUGGUGGCGGAUGA